UCCCAGACCGUAAACAACUGCGCAUGCUCGGCUCGGAUUCCACCAAAUUGGAAAAAUAUGGCGGCGCUGUUGACAACAGCAACAGAGCAGUGGAUACGAGAGAAGCUACAUCUAAAUCACCAUUGCCUUGCAGAUGUGAGAUCACUGAGCCUCCCAGGAUCAUACAAGGAGAAAAUCAGACAUCUGGGAAUCUCACUAAAGAACUUUGUCCGUUUGAAAACCCUGAACCUCUCCUGUAAUGCACUAAUCUCUGUCGAGGGGGUCCAACACUUGAAGAGGCUGGAGAGGCUGAACCUGUACUACAACAGCAUUCCCUCCCUUCAGGAGGUCAAAGUGCUCUGGCAGCUGACUGCUCUGAGAGAGCUGGACCUGAGGCUCAACCCUCUGGCUAAAACAGAUCCACACUACCGCCUGUACUUUGUGCACGCACUGUCCAACCUUCACAGGCUUGACGACUGUCCAGUCAGGGACAGUGAGAGAAGAGCUUCAAUCAUGCAUUUCUCCUCAGACUCUGUGCUCGGACCCCAACAGACGAGCUCCUCGGAGACAGACAUCACUGACCAGAGGAGCAGUAAGCUGAGGAUGGCCUCAGUAAAUCGCCUGGCCAAGAAGCUCUCUGUCCUGGAUGACAACGAUGACAUAGUGUUGAACCUUGUCGCUAAGAGCAACUGGGACCAAAGUGAACCUCUGUUCCUGACUGGCUCUUCCCACAAGGAGCCAGAGUCCCAGCUCUAUCAUCAGAUCAAAGAGGAGUCUUGUCAUUCCCAGUCCAAUGGUCAACGUUUAAGAGAAGGAUCUCGAAGGAAAGGUUCUUCCUCCUCGUUGAAAACGUCAGAGGGGCCGAGGGUAACCUUUAACCCCCGCGUAGAGAAGCACAGCGGGACUAGCUCUGGACGGGAGGAGCGAGAGAAACUCCCCAAACACCUGAGAGUCACGGCCAAGGGCCACUUCACCCCUCACCCUGAUAAAGUUGACCAGCAGAAGUCUUCCUUAGUGAAGAUCCGCCCCCCCAGUCCAAGAAGUCCCUGUCCCAGUAGGUCUGAUGCCACCAACCCCAUCCUGCACCCUCCCAGACUGUCCUACCAUAACACCCAGCAGACAGCAGGGGGCUCCACCUCACCACAGAAACAUGCCAAGCAACAGAAGGGAAGCUAUAGGAAACCAAUGGAGUUGCUGCUGAGCCUAGUGAACAAGCACUGGACAGGGGAGAGGCCUCUGCACCAUGACAACAACUUCCUCUCUCAGGCAGUCCAGAUCCUGUCCAUGAUGGAACGAGAUGUCUCCGGUGGAGAAGCAGAGGUCAGGACGUUGAGAGGGAACGUUGAAGAGCUGAAGGAGCAGGCUGAGAUACGAGACCAAGACCACAGGACAGAGACCCAGAGACUAACUACACAGCUGGAGGAAGCACACAUGUCUGUUGACAGUUUGAAUGAGCAGCUGAGGAUACUAUUGGAGGAUAACGUCUCUCUACAGAAGCAGAUGAUCAGAUUAGAAAAACAAUAUCUCAACUCUAUGAUGAAAAGUUCACCCAACACUGAGAUAUGUGAGAAACAGGCAGAGGUGGAUGAGCUGAGGAAGAAGGUAUCAGAGCUGAGGGAGAAGGUUGAAGAGGGGGAGAGAGUCAAGAAGCUGGCAGGUAUGCUGCAGGAGAACCAUAGGUCACUGGUUGCGACUAAUGAGCAUUUGCUGAGUGAAUUGGAGAGGACUGGGAGACGGCUCUGAGGAGCAACACGUCACAACUACAACAACUAGAGAACUGGAGGAGACUAGGAGACGGCUCUGAGGAGCUACACAUCACAACUAGAGAACUGGAGGAGACUAGGAGACGGCUCUGAGGAGCUACACAUCACAACUAGAGAACUGGAGGAGACUAGGAGACGGCUCUGAGGAGCUACACAUCACAACUACAACAACUAGAGAACUGGAGGAGACUAGGAGAUGGCUCUGAGGAGCUACACAUCACAACUAGAGAACUGGAGGAGACUAGGAGACAGCUCUGAGGAGCUACACGUCACAACUAGAGAACUGGAGGAGACUAGGAGACGGCUCUGAGGAGCAACACGUCACAAGUAAAGAACUGGAGGAGACUAGGAGACGGCUCUGAGGAGCUACACAUCACAACUAGAGAACUGGAGGAGACUAGGAGACGGCUCUGAGGAGCAACACGUCACAACUAGAGAACUGGAGGAGACUAGGAGACGGCUCUGAGGAGCUACACAUCACAACUACAACAACUAGCAGGCCCACAACUACAACACCAGGGCCACAUUCCGUAGGUAAACGUUAUGGAACAUUGCAAAUAGAAAUGUCAUGAAUAGAGCCAAUUUCUUACUCUACAUGAUGUCAGAGAGGAAUGUUUGUUCUACAUUUCUAUCUGAACGUUCCAGAACGUUGUCCUGCUGAACGAGCACCAGCAGCAGAUUCUCUUAUUUUAGCUCUAUAUACACUGCUGCCAACAUUUACACUGUUCUUCUGAUGCUCCGGGAUUAAUGUUGAGCAUGAAAACUUGUCUCUAACUCUGAUCUCAUUUUUUACUUCUGUGUAUCGUUAUGGUUUUACUGUGUCCACUAUCCACACCUUUACACUGUUCCUUACUGACUGUAUCCACACCUUUACACUGUUCCUUACUGACUCUAUCCACA